AUGGGCUCCAUCAACUACGACGAUUCAGACGUGCUCGACGUUCUCAUCAUCGGUGCUGGUAUCUCGGGCAUCAACGCCGCUUACCGUCUCCACGAUGAGCUUCCCGACAAGAAGUACUUGAUCCUCGAGAACCGAGAGCAGCUCGGCGGAACCUGGGACCUCUUCAAGUACCCCGGCAUCCGAUCCGACUCGGACCUCCACACCUUUGGCUACGCCUUCAAGGAGUGGACCGGCGCCGACAUUGCAGAGGGCAAGGAGAUCCUCACCUACCUCAAGAAGGUGGCUGCCGACAACGGCAUCGAGGAAAGGAUCAGAUACAAGACCCGAGUCAACAGUGCAGACUGGUCCACCGAGGAGCGAUGCUGGUUCGUGUCUACGGAACAGGACGGUCAGCAAAAGCAAUACCGCUCCCGCUUCCUCUACACCUGCACAGGCUACUACGACUACGAUGCCGCACUCAAGGCCGACAUUCCCGGUAUUCAAAACUUCAAAGGCAAGGUUGUCCACCCACAGUUCUGGGACCUCAAGGAGGAUGACUAUCGAGGCAAGCGCGUGGCUGUUAUCGGCUCCGGUGCUACCGCUAUCACUCUGAUCCCUUCCAUGGCCGAGGUCACCAAGGACAUCACCCUCGUUCAGCGAUCGCCCACCUACAUUCUCUCGCUCGAAAAGUACGAUCCCAUCGCCAAGGUUCUCCGUGCCGUUCUGCCACAAAAGAUGGCUGCAUUUGUCAUUCGUCAAAAGAACAUCGCUCGCAUCUAUGCUUCGUACCACAUCUUCCGAACUUUCCCUGGUGUUGCUAAGAAGAUCCUCGGCAGAUUGACCUCGAUGCAGCUUCCCAAGGACAUCCCACUCGACCCUCACUUCAAGCCAAACUACAACCCAUGGGACCAGCGUCUCUGCAUCUGCCCCGACGGUGACUUCUACAAGACGCUUCGCGAGGGCAAGGCUCACAUCGCCACCGGCCACAUUGACCAGGUGACCAACAACGAGAUCAUUCUCAAGAACGGCGAGCGAAUUCCAUGCGACAUCAUCGUGACUGCCACCGGCCUCAAGCUGCACGUUGGUGGCAAGAUCGCCACCUCGGUCGACAAGAAGCUCAUCAAGGCCAGCGAACGCUUCGUCUGGAAGGGAUGCAUGAUCGAGGGUCUACCCAACUACGCUCUUUCAAUCGGAUACACCAACGCUUCCUGGACGCUCGGAUCCGACUGUACAGCUCAGUACGUUGUGCGCAUGAUCAAGCACAUGGACAAGUACCACAAGUCAAUGGUCGUUCCCGAGCCGUCCAACCGCGACCAGCUCGAGGAGGGUCCCUUGCUCGACCUCACCUCGACUUACGUCAAGAAGGCAGAGAAGGAUCUGCCCAAGGCUGCCACCACUGGGCCUUGGAGGAUGCGCACCAAUUACUGGUACGAUUUGGUCCAGGCCAAGUACGGUGGUUACGACGAGCUCGUUUUCCAGUAG